UAUAAUUUAUUUGUUAUUAUUCAUAUUUCUUUGAAAUUAUAACAGGGAAACAAUAUUAUGUUUACCUUAAUAUUCCAAUUAAAAGUAGUUCGUUUUUUAUGACUGCUUAAGCGUUCCAUUUACCAUUACGUUCCCGAUCGUUUCGAUAUUAUCAAAUUCUGGUCAGCUUUUAUGACCACUACGUGCGGCGCAUGCGCAAAGGUCUGGGUCGCCCUUUUGGCCAAAAACUUUCUUCGCCGGCUGCCCGCCAACCAAGUGGCCAGUUGUCCGUUGCGGUUCGCGAUGUCCAAACGCGAAAGUAAAAGUCUUUCCAGCCCUUGGCUAUUGGUGCUAUUGAUUGGGCUUAGCCUUGUCCGGAUUCAUGCCGAGUCCUUAAGUGAGCCUUCUCCAGAGGUUAAAUUCGAUUGGCCUUCGUUUCCCUGGUCACGCAAUAAAACCACUAAGGGAAAACCCUCUUCCUCCUUGUAUUUGGAUAUGAAGAACGACUACAGCCAAAUGGAGUUGGCCAACUUUGGGGACUUUGAUCGCCAUCCCUGCCGCAGAGUCUGUCAGCAAGGUCAGACUCAGAGCUGCUACUACCAACUGGUGGUUCACAAUUACCAGAGACUUGGACCGGAGUGCCAAAGGUGUCAGUAUGACGAAAGAGCUUGUGCCGCGGAGCAUUGCAUCUUCGGAGAUGGUGUGUCAAAUCCUGUGAUGGCUGUGAAUCGAAUGGUGCCAGGACCUCCCAUAGAGCUCUGCGAGAACGACACAGUGGUUGUGGAUAUCCUUAAUUAUUUGGGUGAACCCACCUCGAUGCAUUGGCAUGGUGUCGGCCUGAAGCGAUCGCCCGAAAUGGACGGAGCACCGUUUAUCACUCAAUAUCCCCUGCAACCGGGAGAAGUGCAACGCUACGAGUUCCAGGUGGAUCGCAGUGGUUCGUUGUGGUACCACAGUCAUGCGGGCUGGCAGCGCGGCUUUGGAGUGGCUGGAGCUCUUAUAGUUCGACAGACACGCCAGGAGAAUCAGCAUGCCCAGCUCUAUGACUACGAUCUGGUGGAGCACACCCUAAUGGUGCAGGAUAUUUUCUAUGAGAGGAAUCUCCAGGAUGUUCGGAAUAUCCUGAUAAACGGCAAGGGACGCAAUCAUCUAAGCCAGUUGCCGGAUAACGAUAAUCGUCAUCGCUACGAGAGGCUUCGGGUUACUCCUGGCUACCGCUACAGGAUGAGGGUAAUCCUCAAUGGCAUCACCAAUUGUCCCGUGGAAUUCUCCAUCGAGCAGCACAAGCUCCUGAUCAUCAGCACCGAUGGUAAUGAUAUAGAACCAGUGCUGGCAGAUGGUUUCUUCCUCACCUCUGCCGAGCGUUUCGAUUUCGUUCUGGAGGCCAAUCAGUAUGUCAAGAACUAUUGGAUCCGAAUCCGGGGCUAUGAAAUGUGCGAGGGUCGCAAUCUCUAUCAGGGUGCAGUGCUCAGCUAUCGAGGAUCGGCUCGCACUGAGCUGCCACAGGGUAGCAUAUUGGAUAACCCAAGGGGCAGGACCUCUGAUGAAGAUCUCGUUCUGGUCAACGAUUACCGCUAUGCCUCCGCCAAUGCCUCGGUCUCCUCAACCCUGCGUCAAUCCCUGGACAAGGAUAACAACGUGGGAACGGUGGCCUUGAAAUCCCUAGAGCCGGUUCCUUGGUCUCGUUACACCAAGUUCCUCACCUAUUACUCCAGCUUUGGUUUUCAAAUGGCUCAGAAUGGAGAGAUGCUCUUCCAGAUCGACGAUAUUUCGUUUAAUUUGCCAGCAAUAUCCUUGCUACAGGGCAGACAUCUUUACCAGGACGAUGAUUACUUCUGCAACAAAAGCUCUCUAGCUGCCGAGGGACGAAGAUGCGAAAGGGAGCUCUGUGAGUGUGUGAAUGUCAUUCGAAUGCCAGCUUAUCGUCCUGUGGAAAUGGUGGUGGCCAACUACAUGGAGAGCACACAUCCGUUUCACUUCCAUGGCUACACCUUCCGACUGAUCGGACAAGCAGUCCUGGGAAAUCUCAACGAUCUGCGGAAUAUACGAGAACUCGAUCGUAGGGGUCGCUUAGCUCGAUUAUCGGACGACAGCGCUGCCGUGGCCAAGGAUACGGUCCAGAUUCCAGGCCUGGGCUACAUUAUUGUUCGCUUUAUUACAAGUAAUCCCGGUUUUUGGCUAUAUCAUUGCCAUAUUGAGGCUCAUGCUAUGCAGGGUAUGGCGGCAGUUCUAAAAGUUGGCGAAGAUCAUCAGAUGAAAACUAUUCCAGCCCGAGUGCGUUGUUAAUUUAACCUUAAAACGGGUUUUGGCUAAAGAAACACUUAUUUUCAAUACUUUUGUUAGCAAUAUUUAUUAAGGCCAUUUUGCCAAUUAAUAUUAAUUGUUUAUGAUAAA